AUGCCUCUUGCCGUUCCCCCCGCUCAUUUUCCGCUCAUCUUUGACGUUCUUCGCCUCGAUUUUCAGGUGAAUCAGGUGAAUCGAGGGAAACCCGUGGUCCCUCGCAAAGGCAUCACGGAGAACCCGAGAACUUCUGGUUUCGGACGUGGGCGCGUGAAUAAUCUCAGCUUGAUUGACCCCGGGAAUUGCGUUCCUCCUGUUCUCCCGGUUCGCUCGGGACUACCUGACGGCGCUAACCCGUCACAACAACUGAAACAUCUUAUCUUUGACAAGAAGUUUGAAACCAUCGGUGACGAUGGGGGAAUGCUUGGCAUCGAUGCACGAGAGCGUCAAAUGGCAAACCUUUCCACGAAUUAUCUUAUUAUUAUUUUUUUUUCUUCUACUUAUCUCAAGAAUUUAUGCCCGUUGACACCGAAAAGCUUCGUUCGUUUUACCAAUUAA